AAAACGACGAGUAGCCCUAUGCGAAGAGCUCGUGGAGCACACGUGUGCAGACAGGAAGUGGAGCAUGCUGUGUCAAGAUGGUGGCCACCAGAAGAGGGGUACGCGUGGUGGAAUCACCAACUAAAACAAACCGGGAAGAUUCGUCCAGUGCAUCGGACACGGCAACAUCCACUAGAAGGACUCGGAGAGUGACCGUUCAACAUGAGGCUCAACCCGUCUUAGAGAGUAAAAGUGAUGCCCAGAAGGCUGAAGGUGAGGUGAUCAGUACUGCCACCACACAAGAAGAUAAACCCACAGAGGAAGCCGUUGCAUGUGUGGAAAAUCAACCUGAUGACAUCCACGAUGCUGACGUGUCCGAUUCGGAGUCGUGCUGCUCAGUGGUCUCCAAUGCUCAAGCGCCAAGCACCAGGUCGACCAGGAAGAGAGGUCUACUGUCCAAAAACCCCACUAGCGGCACAGAAGGAGUGUCUGAAGUGGAGUCCUGUGUGUCUGCCACUCCCCGCAGAUCCACCCGGGCCCAGAAGAAAAAGGUUCCUUUUGGCUGUGAUGGAGUGGAGCACUCUGAGGCGGAGUCUUGCAGCUCGGUGACCUCUCUGAGCAAACGCACACUAACUAGAAGCCAGAGGAAGACCGGGGCUCCUCAGUCGGCCUCCCACACCGAAGACACGGAACACUCAGAGCACGACUCCUAUGAUCUCCGCAAGUCCACGCUUCGUAAAAACACUAGGGGCCGAAGGACGAAGCCUGUCGAGCCAGUGCCCAUCGACCUCGAGGAUAGCGGAGACGUAUCCUCCUCGUCCGUGCCCAGGAGAACGCCGGCACGCCGAGCCAAAGCCGCCCCCUCCAGUGAAGCCUGCUCCCAGCAAGUCUCUGAGGACAACGAGUCUGGACCGAGCGCAAAGAGAGCCACUCGCAGUCGAGCCAAAGAUACGACGGUCAGAGGCGCAUCGGACUCCGAGUCGGACUUAACCGGUUACAGUUCCCUGGGAAGCCCCUGCUCCGUGUUGGGGAGGAGCACGCCCUGCAGCAGCCGCACGGGGUCGGCUAGCAGUAACCGCGCUGUGCCGGUAUCCAGGGUAACCAGGUCUCUCCGCAGCGACGCUGCUCAUGCGGCUUCCCCGCUGCCGGCUGAGGGCCAGACACCAAGCCAAAGGUUCACUCCUCUCUCUGAUGCCAUGGAAACAGCGGAAGAGAUGGAGGUGGAUGGGCAUGAGGUGACCGUCAUAGUGACCGGUGAGGAGGGAGAAGCCUCUCUGCUGGCAGAGGUGGGUGAGGAAGACAAAACUCUCGUCACAAUGGAGGAGGAAGAGGCGGAUGCUAGGGGAGUCAAUGUGGUUGACCCGGCAGUGCUUGACGCCACGGAGAACGCUCACACAGUUACGCCAUCAGUGGUCGUAACAGAGUCGGCUUGUCCAGGUGCUGAGAUAGCAGAGGAGAUGAGUCCUACUGCAGAGGAACAUUCUGGAAAAGCAGCCUUGAAAGGCAGCGUGACUGUGUCCGAGGAAGCUGAAUCUAGUGUUGGCAGUGUAAGCAUAGUGACCCCACGUGUUGAUCGUGCAACUGUAACUGUAUCUGAAGUAGCUGAAGCAGACUCUACUGAGGAAGUUGGUGAAGGUGACAAACUCCUGACUGCUGCAGAUGAGCAGGUCCGUUGUGGCCAGACUGUCAAAGUGACUGCAUCUGAUUCCACAGCCGAAUUGGAGAGUAUCACAGUCAAAGUAACAGAGGAAAUCACAGAAACUGCCACAGAGCUUGAUGUCCCUUGUGAGCAAACUGUGAAAGUUACUCUAUGCGAUGCCUCUGAGUCGAAAGAAGAGAGGAUAGAUGAUGCGUCAGCACAACCUGGCUCGCAUUCUCAAGGUGCAGAGGAAAAUGACCAGGAACCCACUGGGCCGGACACCAGCAGUCUGAAGUCUGUUAAAGUAACUGAAGUUGAGUCCGGCCAAGACGAAGAGGACCAGCCAAUGGAGGUAGAUGAUGCCAGUGAUCACGCAAAGGUCAGUGAAAGUGUCACAGAUGUUCAGGUGUCAGUUGCCCAAGAUGGCGACGAGCAGCCAUCAGGAAGUGGGGCGUCUCAGAAGCCUGCCGCUGUAAGCUUGCUGGACAGCAGUGAUGACGAGGAGGACGAUGAUGACGGCAGCGACAUGUGUAGCCUCAACGAGGAGCCCGCUGGAGUGCAUGAGGCUUCUGAAAGUGAGGAAGACGAAGGCGGCGCCACGGAGAAGACUCUCACGGUCACGGUAAAGCCCAGAGCCAAGGUCCAGACCUUCCCUGGUGACGGACUAUUUGUCAUUGACACUCAGCCCGGGCUUCAGUCCUCUCGGGCGUUCUACACUGUGGCGAGACCGAGUGAGGAGGAGCAGGACGAAGACGGGACGACGGGAGAGGCCCGGGGCAAAGAUGAAGAAGACGAAGAGUUUGUCGACGAGGAAGAAGAUGAGGAGGAUGAAGAUGCCAAAAUCCUGUUCACAUGCAAGAACCCUGCAUUGAAAGAGUUAUCCUGCUUUAUCGAUCCGGGCCUGAAAGUGAAGGAGCUCGGGGGGUUAUACAUCAAUUUCGAUGGCAGGAAAUCAAAGAAAGUCUCCAGCAGCCUAAAAACACUGAAAGACCAGAAGCACCUAGAUGAGCUGAUGAAGAAGAGUGUUGUUGGUCCCAGUUUUGAGAAGAAAGACUCCAUACCUCCGUACAAAGAAUCUCGUAAUGCCACAAAGCUGAAGCGGAGGAUGGAACGUGAGAAGACCACUGGUGAUGGCUGGUUCAACAUGAAGGCCCCAGAAAUGACUGAGGAACUGAAGAACGACCUGAAGGCCAUCCAGAUGCGAUCCGCCAUGGACCCAAAGCGCUUCUACAAGAAGAAUGACCGAGAAGGCUUUUCCAAAUACGUGCAGGUUGGCACCGUGGUGGACAGUCCCCUGGACUUCUACCAUUCCCGCAUUCCCAAGAAAGAGAGGAAGAGGACCAUUGUUGAAGAGCUACUGGCAGAUGCUGAGUUCAGAAGCUACAACAAGAAGAAAUUCCAGGAGAUCAUGUCUGACAAGGCUGCUCUACUGGCUGGCAAGAAACACAGGAAAAAGAAGUUCAAGUCAAAAUAGGGAAUAAAAACAGAGCAAAGUUAAAUAAACAUCUGUGGUCAUUUCAGAAUGUCGUUUCGUAAAGAGAUUCCUUUCUUUUGUUUUCAAUCAUCAGGGAUCCAGAUGUAAAUGCAUGGAGACCACAUACAUUUUUAAAGUAGAUUUGUAUGUAUACACAACAUGAAUUUGUAAAUAUUUUAGUUUUCAAGCAUCACAAGAAUUGCAGCGAUGCAUUUAUUUUUGUCAAUACUGUUCUAUCAGGCUGUGCCACAACCACACAUGAUCAAGUGGAAAAACAACACUUGUUAUACAAUUAACUUAAUAUUCCUUUUUCAGUCACAAUAAAUGCAGUAUUAUAAGAUC